GUGAUCCAAAGCCGAUGGGGGAAAAAGGUUUCCUACUCUUGUACAAUCAUUGUAAAGUCAUGGCCCGUGGAUAGCAGUUACAGCAUGGCCAAAUACGUGUUUUUCUUGUAUACUUUAUUGGUUUCUAUUGUGCACAUAUGGACAUUAGGAUUAUACGUUGAAGGUAUACGGGAUAUAGAUAUUGUCGAUGUCUGCCACCGCUCGUGCGAAACUGAUCUGCGUUACACCAGCGAGGGAGGAAGUCAGCUCUUCUGUGAUCAAAGUUGCAGUGUCCAGCAAUGCAACAUUGGGUGUCAGCUGUACAAGGAAGCCGUCAGUUCCAGUUGUCCCAAGGUCUGCACAUCCUCCUUCAGUCGAAUGCUGAACACUACAGGAGUGACCCAAGCUCCCAGUCAAGAUCAGAUGCGCAACUGUAUUCAGGGAUGUAUCUUUGCACUGGACAAGUACUCUGAGGAGAUCAGAGAUAAAAUCGGACACCUGGACCAACCCCUACUGGACAUCUCUACUCUCAACUCAUCUUCCCUGGUCCUGAAGUGGAAGACCGCGGUGCUGGAGAGUGUCGUGUACAAAAUCCAGAAGAAGAUGGUAGGCAUGGACAGCGGCUGGCAUCUUCACGACAAGGUUUUGUUCCGAGCAGACGGGAGGAUAGAGUUGUCUUCCUUGCAUCCUUACGUCACGUACAAGUUUAAAGUAUUGGCUCUGCUCUCGUCUCUCCCUGACCAUAUCAUGUACUCUAACGAGACAACGGAGAUAACCACCUUACCGAACGGAGCGCCCUCAACAGCUCCCCGCAUCACCUCACUGUCGGCGCCCUCGUCUAGGGUAAUCUCACUGACCUGGUUACCUCCCCUGUUUACCAAUGGUAAACUGUUGAGUUACAGGAUCUACGUGGAGCCACUGAACCACCCAGUACUCAACGCAACCACCAUUGAGACUCCUUGGAAUGCCAGCUCUUGGCUCCUGAGCCAGCUUCAGUCAUCUCUUCAGUACAGAAUCUCCCUGUCGGCUUGGAAUGCCGAGGGGGAGGGGCCAAAGGAAAGCCGCACCAUCGUGACCCCCAGUCCAGGAAACUUGUCAGAGCACGAGACGGCUUAUCUGAUUCUAGGCAGUCGUAACAAAGUUAUCAAGAGGAACAUCUUAGAUGUCAUCCAGCAUUCGAUGGAGUAUAUGGAUUUAGUGUACAGGCAUGACAACAGCAGCAUUCUUGUGCGAGCUCUCAAUUCUCUCAAUCAAACUGAAGGAAGUGACACUUUCACUCUGACUAACGGAACGGUCAAAGAUCUGUGCCUCCAUGUUAGCCAAGAGAUGAUCUUUGCUUCAGACUCCAGAGGAAUGGUCACCAGGAUCUCUCUCGACACCAAGCAAAUUCGGAGCAAUCAUUACCCCGGGAUCAACAAUGCUGGUGCCAUCACAGUGGAUUGGCUUUCUGACCGAGUCUAUGUUGCCAGCGCUGAUCGGAUUUAUAGUUGUCCACUUGACCAAGAUAGGUGUGUGGUCAUCCUCAAUGGACUUCAGCCUUCUCCUUCAGACCUGAAAGUGGACCCGAUUAAUGGAUUUCUUUAUUAUGUUAUAAGUGGACAAGGGUUAUACAGGAUAGAUCUCGGCGAUAUCCAACUGGUGACAUCAUUCCAGUCACAACCCUAUCGACCUCGAUCCCAGCUUGUCAUCGAUAUGGCUGACCUAUGGACCCACAUCAUUGACUUGUACAAUGUGCACUUGUAUGUGGUCAACAACACAGCCAGGAGAAUGAUGACCACUUUCUUAGAUGGCUCUAACGUCCGCCUGUUCCAUGAAAAUGUCAUAAGAUCCGAGUACUUCAAUGUCACAAGCAUGAUAUUUUUCAAUCAGACAUUUAUAUGGACCAAUACAACCAAGAUGUUUGGUGAAGAGCAAGAAUCCCCGCUGAAAGAUUACAGGCACAAUGAGUUAUUGUUCUUUGAGCCUCCUUUCACUGGUAUUAAUGUCUUUCAUCCAAGUACUCAGCCAACUCCAGUUCCAUCCAGUGCUCCAGAUGAAGUGGAAGCUUUGUUUACUAGAGUCAGGGUUGACAUACGCUGGAAACCACCACCACUCUUACAGUAUCAAGGUAAAGGUGCUUGGAUAAACUGGACCUAUGAACUUAAGUUGAUUUCAUUAAAGAAUGGUCAGAGUAAUGUGUAUCGUGUAUCAGGGUUGAAACACACCAUCAGAAACUUGUUACCUAAUAGUGAGUACAGCCUCCAAGUGAGAGCACAGUCUGAUGCAGGUGAAGGACCUUGGUCAAAAUUGUUUAUUGGGAAAACAUUGAUUGAUGAUAACUGGAGCAUUUUGUUGGGAGUUGCUGGAGGUCAGAUUUUACGUCGCAACAUACUUGAAGAUCAAAAAAAAGUUGUGGUCAAUUUUUUCUCGAAUUCAACCGAUAUAGCAUGGUUUGAAAACAUUGCUUUCUGGGUCACUCAAGAGGGCCAGUUGACUUUCUACAAUCAAACAAGUGAAGAAAAGCGGCAAUUACUGAAAGUAGAAAAAGCUUAUAGUGUGGCCUAUGACUGGCUUGGGAAGAAAGUUUUUUGGUCUGAUUUAAGUCAUGUUGCUAUUUACCGCUCUGAUAUUAUUGGCAUACAUGUUGAGUUUAUCCGCCGCAGUCUUGCCAGAGACCUUGCUAUUGAUGCUCUUAGAGGUAGACUUUAUUGGGCCACUCAGAACUCUAUUGAAACUUCAUAUCUAAAUGGAGAGCAUCACCAAGAGUUGUAUGUGAUUCCCCCAUUCAGUGGACCCAAUGUUAUAAGUCUUACACUAGAUUUUGAUUCAGAGAAGGUUUACUGGUAUGUGAAAGCUUCAGACUCACAAAGUCUGUACACGACAAAACUUAUUCCUGACAAUUAUGUUGGUCACUUUCCUUCUAUGGCAGAAAAAGUAGGAGAUUUCAAAAGCAUAUCUAGUACAUCAGGACUGCAGUAUUUUUCUCAACGUUUGUUUUGGCUGUCAGAAAAAAAUUCCCUGAUGGUUGGAGAUUUACAUUGUAACUUUACAGCAACUAUUAGCAGUAUGACUGAUAUCAAAUCAUUUGUUAUUGUACCAUCAGGUCUCAAAUACAAAUCCAAGCCCAGAGUCAUUCCAAACCCGAUAAGGUCCUCAGAUAUUCAAACGGAAGGUAAUUCAUCCAAAUUUAACUUGACCUGGUCAAACUCAUCAGAAGUUACUCAUGGGACUGUAUUCUACAGAGUUUUUAUAGAAAUUGGAAACACAAAUAAAUCUUUUACAACCUCCAAAAAUAAGAUAGAGUUAUCUGCCUACUCUCCAUACAUCAAGAUUGGUGUGACCAUUCAACCCUACACCUACUGGGGCUACGCUGAUCCCACCACUGCAUAUCUCAGAUCUCCAAUGUCGAAACCAACAGCCCCACUGUCUCCUGAGGUUUAUGUAAUUGAACAUAAAAAUGCCACUGCUUCCUAUCAGACAUUAGCAGCAGACUUUCGUUGGAUGAGUCCUAUUGCAAUAAAUGGCAUCAUCAGCCACCAUUUUGUCUACCACUGGUUGGGAGAUGAUGAAAGCUCUAUGACAGAGGUCAAGGUCAGGGGUACCACUAGAAACUACAUCCUGAGCCCCCUAAUAAAAAAUCAGACCUACCACUUCAAGGUUGUUGCUUGCACUGAGGCAGGAUGUGGACCAUCAUCACCAAACAAAAGUUGUGUCACUAAUGAAUUGAACCCAGUUCCUAAGCUUCUUGUUGGAACCACUAAAGGCAUUGGAAUCACUGAAACGGACAGUCCUUAUAGGGAUUUCACCAAAUUGUACCCAACAAUAGAUGAGCCACUAAAGGCUGUGUCUUUCCUCCAUCAGGAUGAUAUCAGACUAUAUUGGAUAAACAAUAGGAAUGCCGUUGUGCAAGCUCAUGAAAAUGACCUUCUUGAGAUCUUUACAUUAAAAGGAAAUGGCAAAGACAUCACAGUUGACUGGGUUAGUAGAACACUCUAUUUUGUGGAGACGUUUUCCAGUGACAAAAGCAGCAUAACACAGUUCAAUUUAGACAAUGGAAAGUACACAGUGUUUCUGAAUCGGUCAGCCAAUGUACAAACCAUAGCUGUAGACCCAUUCAACAGUGCUGUUCUGUGGUUAGAGACGAGUGUUGAUGGAGAAAUGCAGAUCUUGUCAUCAGACAUGACCAAUAAAAAUGUCAAAACUGUUUUGAGUUCUGCAAUCUCUAACACAAAUAAAAGAGACGGUUUUUGUAAUUGCACACUUCUAAAAAACCUUGUAUCUGUCAUGGCUGUCACUUAUUCAAGAAUUGAUGGCCGGAUAGAAAUAUUCUUUGCUGAAAAUCAAACUGGGUCAAUUUACUCCACAGAUAUAAAUGGUUGCAAAUGUAUUAAAAUAUUCUCCAAAUCAAUGUCCAACUCUUAUGGUUUUCCACCAAGUUUGAUAGCUGUUGACCACUUGAGAGUCAGCUGGUACAGCCAAUCAGAUAGAAAACUGUAUAGUGUGAACAAAGCUACUGGAGAAGGUUUAACAAUGCAAGAUUUUACUGAUAUCACAGACAUUGUAGCUCUGGGAUCAAAUCUGCAACCACUUCCAGAUGCCCAAUGUUUAGACCCAGGAGCAGCAAGUUCUAAUGUUCAGAAGUAUGAAGAAGGUGUAAACUACAUCUACCUCAACUUGACAUCUCCUAUCAAACCCUCCUCCUGCCUCACAAUCAGUUCACCACAAACUAAAUACACUCUUUACUACCGUACAGUGAAAGCCACAAAGCCUGGUGCAGCUCCAGAGGACUGUCAGGUUGACCUUUCUCAGUGUAGCAAACUGGAAUCCUAUUCAACUUACAUGGAAUUAAAAGGUCUUCAGCCUUACACUCAGUAUCUGAUUCAAGUUGCUGUUAGCAAUCAUUUCUAUCCCUAUUUAUCUGAAGCCCUAGGACAUCCUCUAGUGAUUACCACAAAAUUUGGAGCUCCAUCAGCAGCCUUGGAAGUUGUAUCUGAACCAUGCACUCCUGAGAAGAUAAUGGUUACAUGGCGACCUUCACAGGUACUGAAUGGACCAGCAGAUCAGAUCUUUUAUAGAGUCCAGUACUCAACUGUUCUGACCCAGAAAGAAACGGAGAAUAUCAAAAUAAAUAGAACUGAUGAAAGCUAUAUUCAGACAUUUGUUAAUGACCUGACGCCUGGUACAGUGUAUAUCAUUAAGGUUUUUUCCUGUAUGGGCAAUCGAGCUCAGUGUACAAGCUCUGAAACAGUGACAGUCAAAACUUUCCUAACACCCUACGAUGUUUUCUUUUCUAAUGCUACAUCCUACUCUAUUGUAAUGAGCUGGAGAUCACCACCUGAUAACAGUAUACUGCGACAUCAGAUCAUUUAUGCUGAGGUUACUUCUGAGCCAUUGAAAUGGUUUGAAUCUGGUAUUUUGAGUGUCACUGACAAUAAUACACAAUAUGAGGAACUUAUUACACAGCUUCAGCCAAAUACAUUAUAUUCAUUUAAGAUUAAAGCAAGUUAUAACUACCGGCCAUUUGAUGAUGCUCACUAUAUUUGGCCCAGUGAUGAUAGCAAAUUUACAUACAGAACUCUAGUGUUUCUCCCAAAUGAAGUUUCCACACCUGACAUUCGUAAACUAAAAAGUGGACUUUUUGAAGUCAAGUGGGAGAAACCUAAUGACAAUGGAGCACCCAUUACAAAUUAUGAAUUAGAACUUAGUUCUGCUGAUCCAGAUCACUUCAAUUGGCAUUUGGUUUACAAUGGGUCUGACACUCGUUGGUUAAUUGAGACCAAAGAGUUAAAGCCAGGAAAGCAUUAUGUAUUCAGGGUAGCUGCUGUAAACUCUCAAGGCAGGGGGGCUUUUAGCCAGAAUAGUUCCACAUUUAUAGCCCCACACCCUAUAGCAGAAGCAGGAAUAGGACAAGGAAUUAUAGGAAUUAUUGCUGGCACAGUUGCUGUCUUUAUAGCUGUUAUUUUCAUUAUAAUUGUUGUUCUGAUUAUUCAAAAAAGGAAAACAAAAACUCCCCAUUUUAUUAUUCGAGGACCUGACACUGAGCUGGCGACAUUACGUGAACUACCACAUACAGCAUUUCAACAGAGUAAUACAUUGUAUGCUAUAAGCAUUAAAUGCACAGAUGAGGAAAUAGCUAAAUUGCCACAUUUCAGUCGAAAUCAACUGAUGCUAACAAUGUUUUUGGGUAGCGGAGCUUUUGGUGAAGUCUUUGAAGGUCUUGCAAAAAAUAUUUUAGGAGAUGGCAGUGGGGAAACUAGAUGUGCUGUUAAAACUUUGCGUAAAAGUGCAUCUGACCAUGAAAAAGAAGAGUUCUUGAAAGAGGCAUUACUUAUGAAAAACUUUCAGCAUGACAAUAUUCUACGACUUCUUGGAGUUUGUCUUGACAAUGAUCCACAAUUUAUAAUAAUGGAACUCAUGGAAGGUGGUGAUCUUUUGUCUUUUCUUCGCAGCUGUAGAGCCACUUCAACCAGCCCUGCUAAACUGUUAUUACCAGACUUGGUUAAAAUAUGUGUUCAUGUUGUUCGAGGAUGUAAAUAUCUUGAAGACAUGCAUUUUGUGCACAGAGAUUUGGCAGCCAGGAAUUGUUUGGUCUCCUCCAAGUUUCCUUCAGACAUGAUUGUUAAAAUUGGAGACUUUGGACUGGCCAGGGACAUUUAUAAGAAUGACUACUAUAGAAAGGAAGGAGAAGGUCUUUUACCUGUGCGGUGGAUGUCUCCUGAGUCUUUGGUGGAUGGCUUCUUUACCACUCAAUCAGACAUUUGGGCCUUUGGUGUUUUGAUGUGGGAAGUCCUAACACUAGGCCAGCAACCUUACCCAGCCAGAACUAAUAUUGAAGUUCUUCAUUUUGUGAGAGAUGGGGGCAAGUUGGAGAGGCCUGAGAAAUGUACAGAUGAAAUGUUUAGUUUGAUGAGAAAAUGCUGGAGUUUUAACUGUGAUCAUCGUCCAAGUUUUGCUGUUUUACUGGAGAAUUUAGAAUUAUUCCAAGAAAAAUGUUUGCACAUGAGUCCAGAAGAAAUUAUCAGAUAUUCUCCUGCUGUGUCUGAUGUGAACGACGAUGCCAACCAUUUGAUGAACGAGGAGGACGAUCUCAUCGAGGAAGAGGAAGAGGAGGAAAAAGCAGUUAUGCGGGGUCUGUUUACCCCAGACAAACCAAUCUGGGGUUUGUACACCAAAAAAGUACAAACAAUAACAGGGGGUGGAUCCGUUCGUUUGACGCAGUCAGGGAAGCAAAAGAGGCUCAAAGACUUGCUCAGUUCUCCUGAUGGCACAGAAAAAUUGGUUGUUGACCUUACAAAGAUUGGAAGGAAACGAACUCAAUCUUUAGAAUAUUCCACAAAGAGCUCAUUGGAUUCUUCUAUGGACCAGUUUCCAGCUGCCUCUAAUUAUGAUCAUCAUGGCUAUUUAGAGCCUCGUGGGACAAAGAAUGGCCCUGGCUAUUUAGAGCUUAUGAACUAUGCUCCUGAGCUACGUCAUUUACGAGACACACAGGGCAAUCCACUCACACUGCAUCCAUCUGGGGCACCUAUAACCUCGGUCCAUGUCACAAGAAAGGGAUACCACCCUUCUAACAUUAAUUACACUUUACUCUCCCCUGAGGAAAGCAGCCAAACUGGCUCAUUCAGUGUGAGCGGCAGUGACAUGUGUGGUGAAGAAGAUUCUAAUUUUCAAAAUUCCCAGUAUAAAGACAAUAUAGGUCAUCCAUAUGGAAGAACCUCCAUUGAUUCUCCAAUAUAUUCUCGAGUUUGUGAUGAGCGCCGUCUUCUCCAUUCAGAUUCUUCUUCCUCUAGUCGACAGUUUGGAAAUUCCAGCUAUUAUCUGCAUCCUUCAGGGCAGUCUGUAGACGCAAUGUUGAUGAGGUCAAAUCAUCAGAGAAAGUUCUCUGACCAAGAUUUGUAUUACAGUACUGCACCAUACCGUCAGAGACAGUCGUCCUCAUCAAGUUCAACCCAUGACCACCGCUAUGCUUCUGUGGAAUGCAAUAAUAACUACAGCAUUGCCCAAGGGUUCAUCAAUGACAACAGUGCUUCUAGUUAUGCAUAUGAUGGUAAAAGCAGGCACAGACAUGGGUCUAACAACAGUUCCAAUCUUUAUGCCAAACCAGGUUUGGGAUUCCCCAACAAUGGAAAUGUUUCAUUUACUGCCAUAGAAGACAACUCAAAAUCAAAUGAUUUGGAUGAUGUGUUCCUUGACAAUACCAUAAACUCUCAAUGUUCGUUUCAUCCUGAUGCGGAAGUGUUUAGCUACCCUCAACAACAAAAUCAUAUUUUACGAUCGCGGGGUCAGGUCUAUCCUGAACACACUGCUGCAUUUGUUGGCUAUGACAGCAAUCAAGUCAGUUUGGUUUAGGCACACUCUACAUUUCUUUCUUUCUUCUACAAUUGGGACAAUAAAAAUAUUUUCAUAAAAUGUUUCUCAUUUUUUAGCAGACAUUUUUACAAGUUAAUAUUAAAAUGUUGGUAAAAGCUUGAUUGAAAUUACAUAGACCUAUAGGCAAGAUGUAAAUAUCUUUGGAAUACUGACCUUGUUGUACAAGUUUUGUUCAGCACAAACCAAUGCUCAGAAUAUGUCUCAAAGCUCAUUUUGUUUCACUUCCAAACAGUUUAUUUUUUUACAAUCAAGUGUAUUAAGUUUAUUGCCACAGAAACACCUUACUGUGUUCAAAGGAUUGGAACAACUCAUUUUUAUUUUGAAUGUAUACAAAUUUACAUUUAUUUGCUUUAUAAAUUUCAUUAUGUUGGUAAAACUAUUAGUUCAGACUCAUUUGAACUCACCUAUGAGUGCCAUUUCUAUUGUAAGUAAGUGUUCAUUAUAGUCUGAUCAUAUUUGCAUAAUAACAUUGAUAAUGUAUAAUAUUGCAUGUGCUAUUUUAAUGUAAGCAUAAUUUCAAUGAAUAAGUGCAUUUGGUAUAAGUUAUUUACCAAUUUGCACUAAAUGAACUCAGAUGAGGUAGAACAUUUAAAACGUAACUAUCAAAAAGACUAGUAGUUUUUGGAUCAAAAAAAGGUGAGACUUGAUUAAUUUUUUUGUGGUAAAAUGUAGUUUGUAUUUUUUUUUUCCAAUAAA